AAUUGAUAAUUUUUUAUUUCUAGGUUGGUUUAACAACAUUUUUGGACACUAUUAGAGUUAACGUAGUGAAAAAACAUUCAAACGUAUCUAGCGUUUGGCAUCCUGAACUUGGUUGGUUUACAGCAAAUUCUAACUGUCAAUGUUCUCCUAAUAUACCUCCUUUAAAAAAUCAAUUGAUUCCAUUAUGGUGUGGAACUUUAUGUUCCAAGUUACUACGGUGUCAUCUGAUUAAUGCUCUAGCACAAAUACCCGAAAAUCAACAAGUACCUUCACCUCCUCCUAAAACAAAUAAUCCAAUAGCAAUAAUCAAAAAGGCAUUUGAUUUGAGACUAUCAAGCACCAGUCAACCAAGUUAUAAACUUACAGGAAUUCAUGGUACAAAGGUAGUUGCUGCUUGCAACUUAUAUUUUACAUGUCUCAAAACAAUCACACAGCUUAGACUAGAUAUAAUAACUGGUUUAUGUUAUCAUGAAGACACAUUAUAUUUAUUAUGGAGGUUUUUGGCGUUUUUAGAUUCUCAUUGUGGUCUCAAGAACCUGUUGGAUAUUUUAGAAUAUGAUAAAAAUUGCAAUUCAGGAGAAUUGCGMAUGUUACAACUAUUCUGUGAUAGUAUGUCACAUUACAUAACUAUUCUUGAUGAUAUAGAAAUGUAUGAACAACAAAAACCAUUUGUGAUGCGUGACUAUAUUUUAAUGUCUAGUUUUUUGAACAUAUUUCUCUAUAAAGGAAUAUCUCAGAAUUUAUUUGAUAUUCAAGAUACAGCUUCUUCAUCAUAUAGCUUUUUUCGGUCUUGUCGCACGCUUUUAAUGGUACUUUAUCGCAGAGAUUGUCGUAGAUCAUUUGCACCUGUAGGGCACUGGCUGAUUGGUGAUCUUAAAACUUCUUCAUUUUUUAAUGAACUUAAAAAGGGCCGUAAAAUAUACUCGAUUUUAAUUCAAGAAAUCCCUCAUAUAGUCUCUCAUGAAACACGUGUCCGAUUAUUUAGAAAAUAUGUUUCUCGUGAAAAGUUUGCUUUAGGUGUACAUGAAUUACAUGAUAACGACAAUUUUAUGCCACCAAUCAUUACUAUACGGAGGAAUCGAAUAAUUGAAGAUGGUUAUACACAUAUUUCUGAAUUGUCAUUGAAACGUUUCAAAGGUGUUAUUAGAGUAAAAUUCAUAAACGAACAGGGAUUAGAUGAAGCAGGAAUUGAUCAAGAUGGUGUAUUUAAAGAAUUUCUUGAAGAAACUAUUAAGAGAGUAUUUGAUCCAUCGUUAAAUUUAUUUCGUACUACAGAUGAACAAAGAUUAUAUCCGUCACCAUCAUCAUAUAUUCAAGAAAACCAUCUGAACUUAUUUGAAUUUGUUGGCCGAAUUUUGGGUAAAGCUGUUUAUGAGGGUAUUGUUGUUGAAGUUCCAUUUGCAUCAUUCUUUUUAAGUCAAUUAUUAGGACAAACUCAAGAGUUACUUUAUAGUUCAAUGGAUGAGUUACCUUCAUUAGACAAUGACUUAUAUAGAAAUUUAACAUCCGUCAAACAUUAUGAGGKUGAUGUUUCAGAAUUAGAUUUAACUUUUUCUGUAGUUGAUAAUCACCUUGGUCAAUUAACUACUCACGAUCUUAUACCUGGUGGAAGAGUCAUAUCAGUUACUAAUCAAAACAAGUAAAAUUACUAUUAUUUA